AUGCCGCCCGGGAGCGAGAAGGAAAGAGACGUUUUUGACCAUGGAGAUGAUGGAAGAACAACUCUGCCGCCCCUCUUGGAGUCCCUCGCAAAAGGAGAGAAAGACGCGGCGAACAUGGUCCUAGCUUACGAGAUCUCUGUUAACGACGAGUUUGAAUUGGAGAAAGAAGACCCUGCUGAAGAUUCCGUGCAAGGGAAGAUCAAGUCUACGGUUGAAAAGGCUUUUUGGGAUGUCGUCAGGGAUAAUUUGAAGAAUGGGGAUGAUGAGAUGGUUCUUCCAAUGAUCAGAGAAAUUCGCGAGCAAAUCCUCACCUUCCUGGCGCCCAAUUCUGGAACACGGGAGCGCAUCAAAGGUCAAAUUGACAUCGAGCUGAUCGAGCAGCAAAUCAACCAAGGAACGAUCGACUACGGCGAGCUCUUCGGCGGGUUAAUUACCUUACUUGGCCAGUUGUGCUCGCCAGCGCGCGAUGGACUUGUGGAAAAAGCGAAGAAGGAGACAGAUCAUGUCUCGCAGAUGGCACACAUAACCAAUUUACUCCGGCUCAUGCGAAUCGACAUGACUAACUACGCUAUCAGACAAAUUCGGCCUACCAUUCAGAAACAACACGUGCAACUCCAGCGCGAAAAUUUCACCAAAUGGGCUCAAGGUCGCGGAGACGAUGCAACCAGAUUGACGGUCAAAUGGCUUCGGAAUGGAAUACUGGAACUUUCCCGCGCCGGCAUAGAGCCAAAGCCUUUCGAUAUCUUGCGAAAGUGUUACUGCCUUACUUUGGGAACCAUGGACGUGAAAGAAUGGCCAGAAACACUUGUGAAUGAAGCAGAACGACUGUCGAUUAUCGGAAUCGAGUUAAAGAAAAUCCUUCUCAUCGCUUCGUCGUUUUUGAUCAUUGCAGCUGCUGUUCCAAGACCCUACAUGUGCGUCAAAAAUCAACUCAAAGUCAAAUUAAUGCCCAUCGCCGCCCGAACAAAACUUGAAGACCUUCCCUUGGCAAUCGCUGUCCAAGCUAUUGAAGAGCUCAAAUCGUUCAACUUGCCUGACGAUGUCCAAAAUGUGAUUCAAGGGCAGAUUACCGACCUCAAUGAUACCCAUUCCAUCUACAGCCUUCUCCAUAAACGAGCGAUGGACUUUCUGUCUGAAAUCGCAGUUCCAUCAUCCAACAACGCCCCAGAAACACCCAAAGGUCUAUCAAACAUUCAAACCGAGCUCGCCCAACUGGCCACCAUCUUCGGCCGCGUCUGCGGGAUGAACAGAAUGGUCUUCGCCGAGUUCUACUGUCAUACGAUCAAACAGAUGUUGGAGGCUAAUUCAGGCCCGUUGACGCCUGGAAGGUCGCAGCAAAUUGACGAUCUAAGUCGAUCUCCCGAAUCUCCUGCCCGAUCGCCUAGAAGCCCUGCGAAUUCUGGGUUGACUCCUAGAAAAGAAAAACCCUCUCCAACUCCAGCAAACGACGACCUCGACCUCGACUGA